CAGGCAUCCUGGCCUCCAGCUGAAACCACUGCAUGUGGCUUCCCCCGGCCCCGUGACUCAGGCCUUCUGAAGGGACCAACCCUCUUGGCACUCACCAGGAAAGGGGGGCAGGGAGAGGGGGGCUAGGUGGUGACAUCACAGUUGAAGGGUAUAAAAGCUUCCAGCGAAACAGAAUUGAAAUUGAAGACACAAAACCUGAAUGCAGCCUGUGCUCCUGGGGACCCCUCGGCCUGACACCCACAGACGUCCCGUCGUAGAUUCCCACUGCCUGUGCUCCUGGGGACCCUUUGGCCUGACACCCACAGACAUCUGGUCGCAGACUCCCACUGCAUCAAGGCCUGCGCACUGGUGAGGGGCUGUCGUGGGCCAGGAGUCGGGGAGGUGGAGAACAGGCAGCACUCCUGCGACAGACUCCAUGCUGGGCUUUCCCUGCCUUCUGUGGCUCCUGGCUGUCACCUUCUCCUUGGUUCCCAGAGUGCAUCCCUUGGCCCCUGAAGACUUUGGAGAAGAGGAGGAAGAUGAGACACCGAGGUCACCUUUGCCAGCUGUCCUCUGUGACUACGACCGCUGCCGCCACCUGCAGGUGCCCUGCAGAGAGCUGCAGAGGGCCAGUCCUAGGGCCUGCCUGUGCCCUGGGCUCUCCAGCCCUUUGCAACCACCCUCUCCACCGCGCCUGGGAGAAGUGCACGUGGUGGCCGAGGAAGGCAGUGCAAUAGUACACUGGUGUGCCCCCUCCUCCCCCGUCCACCAGUACUGGCUGCUGCUUGGGGAAGGCAGCGAGGCUCCCCAAAAGGGCCCCCCUCUCAACUCUACCAUCCGCCGAGCAGAACUGAAGGGACUGAAGCCCGGGGUCGCUUAUGUCGUUUGCGUGGUGGCCGCUAAUGCUGCCGGAGAAAGCAGCCUGCCCGGGGCAGGUGGCGAGGGCCCCGAGGGCACUGGCGGCCCUACUUUCGGGCCCUGCGGCCGGCUGGCUGUGCCCCCACGACCUCGCAGCCUGGUCCACGCGGCCGUGGGGGUGGGCACGGCGCUGGCUCUGCUGAGCUGUGGUGCCCUGGUCUGGCACUUCUGCCUGCGCCAGCGCUGUGGCUGCCCCCGCCGCACUCAGCCCGCCGCCCGGCCCGUUGAGAGGCUCUGAAGGAGCCCGCGGGCAUCUCGGCCACUCGGAGCCCGCCACCCAGCGAGCUCAGCCCGCGCUCCUAGAGGAGGUUCAGGUUGCUGCUGCCCUGUGCAGCCGGGGUCUCUCUGAGCUUCUGUGCUCUGCCUGGGAGCUCAUGCAGGUCCUGGCUCAGGCUGGGGAAGGAGUAGAGAGGUUCUACAAAGUUUUUCUCAUAGGACCACAUAGUAAAUAUUUUCUGCUUUUGUGGUUCCAGAGGAUAAAAUCAAAGAUAUUGUAUAGGUACUUGUAUAACCAUGUAACCAUUUAUAAAAAUGUAAAAGCCAUUCUUAGCUCAUGAACCUUACAAAUCAGGCCUGAGCCAGAUUUGGCCCCCUGGCUGGAGUUAGCAGCCCCACCAAACACCCACAGAAGGGCUCUGCCACUAUGGGUGGCUUCAGUGGGAUUUUAAGAAUAAGCUGCUGCAGGAUAGGAGUUUGAGGCCAGAGACUACUCCUUCUUCUUCUCCUUUUUGUUUAGAUAUCCAGGAUGGACACACCUGACUCAGAAUCCACCUGUGUCUGAGGUGGGUGGAAAUAAAUGACUGACAUGGAGUGGAGAAGAGAGGGAAAGCCCAAGCUGCUGUCUGGGACAAGCUUGCAUUUUGCCAGUUAAGAGUAAAUAAAUAAAUACAUAAAUAAUAAUACAAAAAUACCAAGGGAUUCCCCCCAUGUGCCUAUUGUUUAUCUACUGUAACAACAUUAAAGCAAAUGUAAAAGGAAAACAUUUCAUUUUUCAUGAUCCUUUUCAAC